CUCGGCACGCCACGGUCUCCCUUUGAUACGGUCGGUUCCGCUUUCAAGUUAAUACUUCUCCAUUUUAUUCGCAUUUUAUUCCUCGCACAAAAAUUGUGAAUCUGCGAUUGCUUAUUUGUUUCAUAUUUGUUUCGAGCUAGUGGGAAGUUAUAUUACUGAAUGAUCAACCAGCACUUGUGAUUACUAUCAUUGUUCCAGCAGUGAGGUGACAACAAUUCGGAUUGUCAUCAUAUAUUCCGCCAUAUCCAUCGCGGACCGUCAGUUCGCGUGGUUUUUAAAAUUUUAUUUUCGAGUUAGUGCUCGACUGGAUUCCCUCAUGGAGUACACUGAGAGCCCUCCAGCUCAUGGCGCUGGCAGAAUUUUGUGCAUCCACUGCGGCGUACCCAUUGAGGCCAAUCCGACGUCCAUGUGCGUGGCCUGUCUCCGCACGCAGGUCGACAUUACCGCCGACAUCCCCAAACAGUCCACAGUCACCAUGUGCAAAUCCUGCGGGCGCUACGCGGUGCCGCCGGGGCGCUGGCAGAACUGUGCACCGGAGUCUAAGGAGUUGUUGAGUGUGUGCCUGAAACGACUCAAAGGACUCAAUCAGGUGCGCCUGGUGGACGCCGCGUUCAUUUGGACGGAGCCGCACUCGCGGCGUUUAAAGAUCAAAGUGACGGUGCAGAAGGAGCUGAUGGCCGGCGCGGUGUUGCAGCAGAGCUUCGCGGUGGAGUACGUGGUGCACACGCAGAUGUGCGACGACUGCCACCGGACCGAGGCCAAGGAUUUCUGGCGUGCCCUCGUCCAGAUGCGCCAAAAGGCACAGCACAAAAAGACCUUCUACUAUCUGGAGCAACUCAUUCUCAAACACAAAGCGCAUGCGCGCACCGUCAAUAUCCAGCAAGCGCCAGACGGUGUGGAUUUCUUCUUCGCCAAUCGUUCGGAUGCGCGCAAAUUUCUGGACUUUAUUCUGACCAUUGUUCCGUGCCAGUACAAAACAUCGGAGCAGCUGCUCUCCCACGAUCCCAACAACAAUAUUUAUAACUACAAGUACACAUUUUCAGUGGAAAUCGUACCAGUAUGCAAGGACGACAUUGUGUGUUUACCGCGGGAGACCGCUCAGCACCUGGGAAAUAUUAGUGAACUGUGCAUCUGCACCCGCGUCACAUCCUUGAUUCAGCUGAUCGACCCACGAAGCGGACAGACGGCAGAAUUGAACGCCAACACAUUCUGGCGAGAGCCGUUUCGCAGUAUCUGUACACAGAAGCAUUUGACUGAAUUCACCGUACUCAACGUGGAACAUUUACGAGACGUGGACAUCCACGCCAGCAGUCAGAAACUGUCUGAUAAGCACGUUGUGGCGGAUAUUUGGGUGAUGCGCUCGUCAGAUCUAGGAAAAACGGAAGCGCCGCAGUAUUGUACGCGUUCGCAUCUGGGCCAUUUGCUUAAUCCUGGUGACAUAGCUUUGGGCUUCGAUUUGGCAAAUUCAAAUGUUAACGAGAAACAUUUCGAGGACUUGGAACGCCGCAAAAAGGACCGUAUCCCUGAUGUGAUUUUGGUGAAAAAAGUGUUCGCUGAUCGGACGACCCGUAAGCGGAACCGGCAGUGGAAGCUGCGGCGACUGCGCAAGGAAAACGGCUCCGUUACGGAAGGCAGCGCCGAAGGCGAUUACGAGGACUUUUUGGAAGACCUGGAAGAAGAUGCCAAUGUGCGGCAGGGUGUUAACAUCUACAAAGAUCCGAGUGCCAUUCCGGUGGAUGAAGACGAUCAGGAUGAACAGUUGCCUAAGAUCAGUCUGCAGGAAAUGCUUGAUGGACUGCAUCUGGGCGAAGAGGAGGAAGGGCCUUCCGCAGCCGGACAGGGGGAUGCUGACGAUGAGGACAGCGAAAUGGCAUAGUGGUCUAGUGGACUCGUUUAUGCCCUUUUGAGUUCUGUGUAUUGGUAGUUUUAUCGAGAUGUCUUUGUCUUUAAAAUUUUAGUGAACUCUGUAGUGGGCGAAUGAGUGUAAGAAGCGAUCCAAAUAACUUUGAUCCAAAUAAACGAUCAGAAA